AGUUAUUAGUGAACCAUGCGGGAACAUAGAUAAGAAGGAGAAGAAGUUGAGUGUUGAACUAUGGUGGCCCCUCAAACAGUGCAGCAUCUUGACAACACGAUCGCAGCGCAAUCGCAGAUAUCGACACCAAUCAGCCUUUUUGCCCCCACUUGUGAUAGAAUGUACUCGGGCAGCUACACUCAGCUGUCGCCCACUAGCACCACGUCUUCAAGCAGCGACAACUACGCAACCCAAGUGCCUCUGGAGACCUUAAGGAGCCCCCUGGACUAUUCGCCGCAUUACCAGAACCCCUACCCGCCCCGAUACAGCAACUGUUUCUACACACACUCUCCACCCUCUGCCGAUAUUGCUACCAGUGGCUAUCAGCCGCAUCAGAAUCAAAUCUAUUCACCCUGGGGCCAGCCCAGCUACAUGAACCCAUUUGGAAGCUCGCCCAACAUCAUCAAUCGGCCUACGAUAGGAGUGAACUUCCCCAGCUACACCGGUAAAGCUAGGCGCUGUAUUAAGUGCCAAUGUCCCAACUGUAUUGAUGAGGAGAAUGGGAUCAAGAAGCCGUCCUCGAAGAAAGUGCACAUUUGCCACUAUGCAGGCUGUGAUAAGGUUUAUGGCAAAACGUCGCAUCUUCAAGCCCACUUGAGGUGGCAUUCGGGCGAAAGGCCGUAUGCCUGCCAUUGGAUGUUCUGCGGAAAGCGCUUUACUCGAUCUGAUGAGCUUCAGAGGCAUAUGCGGACCCAUACUGGGGAAAAGCGGUUUUCCUGCACGGUUUGCUCCAAGCGCUUUAUGCGAUCGGACCAUUUGGCCAAGCACAAAAAAACCCACAAGAAUCCCAAGAAAAGCGAAGAACCAGCCAAGGAGCCGAAGGAGAAACCUGCGACUGUUAAACCUCCAGAUUCAAGACUGGCCGAGAACGUGCCUACUACUCAAACAACACCAGCCAAUGUGCCUGCUCAAGUUACGCGUGUUGCGGACAAUUUCAAUCACACGUCGAACAUGUUUCCCUCCAACUAUCCGUCAGUGCGAUUUCAUCAGAACUUACCAUCAACUUACAAUAUGGUGCCGCAUGGAAGCAACCUGAGCGACUACAGUCCUCAACUGUAUUCAGCACAUAAUCAGUAUUUCUCGGAUUACGCCUAUAUAGUGGUAGGGCCCAAAGGGAUUUUACUGUCCGAGGAUCGAAAGGAAACUGUCCAACAUGGACCGGCAGGAGAGGGAGAAGGGACGCGGGUCUCCGGAAUUAUUAGCCGUAUUGAUCAAAUUUUAUUUAAAAAAAGGAAAAUGGCCUUUAAGCUAUCGCUUAAAAGAUCUAAAAUUACGCAAGAAAUCAACCAUUUAUCAGUCGCUUGUGAACAGAUUUCGAUAUCGACACCAAUCAGCCUUUUUGCCCCCACUUGUGAUAGAAUGUACUCGGGCAGCUACACUCAGCUGUCGCCCACUAGCACCACGUCUUCAAGCAGCGACAACUACGCAACCCAAGUGCCUCUGGAGACCUUAAGGAGCCCCCUGGACUAUUCGCCGCAUUACCAGAACCCCUACCCGCCCCGAUACAGCAACUGUUUCUACACACACUCUCCACCCUCUGCCGAUAUUGCUACCAGUGGCUAUCAGCCGCAUCAGAAUCAAAUCUAUUCACCCUGGGGCCAGCCCAGCUACAUGAACCCAUUUGGAAGCUCGCCCAACAUCAUCAAUCGGCCUACGAUAGGAGUGAACUUCCCCAGCUACACCGGUAAAGCUAGGCGCUGUAUUAAGUGCCAAUGUCCCAACUGUAUUGAUGAGGAGAAUGGGAUCAAGAAGCCGUCCUCGAAGAAAGUGCACAUUUGCCACUAUGCAGGCUGUGAUAAGGUUUAUGGCAAAACGUCGCAUCUUCAAGCCCACUUGAGGUGGCAUUCGGGCGAAAGGCCGUAUGCCUGCCAUUGGAUGUUCUGCGGAAAGCGCUUUACUCGAUCUGAUGAGCUUCAGAGGCAUAUGCGGACCCAUACUGGGGAAAAGCGGUUUUCCUGCACGGUUUGCUCCAAGCGCUUUAUGCGAUCGGACCAUUUGGCCAAGCACAAAAAAACCCACAAGAAUCCCAAGAAAAGCGAAGAACCAGCCAAGGAGCCGAAGGAGAAACCUGCGACUGUUAAACCUCCAGAUUCAAGACUGGCCGAGAACGUGCCUACUACUCAAACAACACCAGCCAAUGUGCCUGCUCAAGUUACGCGUGUUGCGGACAAUUUCAAUCACACGUCGAACAUGUUUCCCUCCAACUAUCCGUCAGUGCGAUUUCAUCAGAACUUACCAUCAACUUACAAUAUGGUGCCGCAUGGAAGCAACCUGAGCGACUACAGUCCUCAACUGUAUUCAGCACAUAAUCAGUAUUUCUCGGAUUACGCCUAUAUGUAGAACCCGUUUGGACUGUUUUAGCGGAUAUGUGCCAUAAAAUUGUACAUUGUUUAUUUUUGCAAGCCCUGUUGACUUUAGGCUUAAUUGUGUUCGUACUAUAUUUGUAAAAUACAUUGAAAAACAGAAAUAAAUCUUCUA